AUGAAACCCAACAAUGGUACAAGGAACUAUAUUCCAGACUCCUACAUCGUGCUUCUGAAAAGGGAUAUCUCCCAUGAUGACUUUGAAUUGCAUAAAAGAUGGGCCAGCGACGUUCACAAGAGGGACGUGGCUAAACGAGGUAUCUCAUUUUCUGGAAUUGGGCAUUCCUGGGCUACGGGCUCUUUUAGGGGAUACAGCGGGGUCUUCAGCCGCGACACCAUCGAAGAAAUAAUGAAGCAUGAACACGUUGCACACGUCGAGCGAGACCAAAUAGGUACAUCCCAGGGCUGGGUCACGCAGUCGGGUGCUCCAAACUGGGGACUUGGGCGGCUUUCAAACAACAGUCCAGGAAACACCGAUUACACCUACGAUGAGAAUGCCGGUGGAAAUGGAGUCGUCUAUGUUAUCGAUUCCGGCAUCGACACCAUGCACCCAGAGUUUCAGGGACGCGCAACUUGGGGUGCAAACUUCAUUGACAAAAACAAUGUCGAUUGCUGGAACCAUGGAACGCACUGCGCAGGUAUCAUUGGAAGUGCGACUUUUGGUGUUGCAAAGCUCACAGCACUGAUUGCCGUCAAGGUACUGGAUUGCAACGGCCAAGGGCCUUACAGUGCUUUUGUUGCUGGGCUCCAUUGGGCUACGAAGCACGCCCAAGACAAUGGCUUUAUCGGCAGAGCGAUUAUCAACUUUAGUCUUGGUGGUGAUAACUCGCCUGCGGUAAAUCAGGCACUGGAGGAGGCCCAGAGAGCUGGUAUCUUUGUCUCAGCAGCUGCUGGAAACUUCGGCUCUGACGCCGGGAGCAUCACACCCGGUGGCGCUGGCCUAAUCUGUGUUAUUGGCAAUUCGGACGAUCGCGACUAUAGAUGGACUGGGCAAGGUCCAUCGAACUUUGGAGCCAGAGUUGAUAUCUUUGCCCCUGGCACUAACAUCCUGUCUACCAUCCCUGGGGGCGGCAGUGGUGUGAUGACGGGCACCUCCAUGGCUGCUCCUCACGUUGCUGGCCAGGCUGCUAUCCUAGCAUCUAUAUCUGGCAGCGGCUUUGAUCUGGGGGCUGCAUGCGCCUUCUUCAAGAACAGUGCAUCUGCGUCUGUCAAGAAUCCUGGGCCCAACACCACCAACAAGCUACUUGUCAACGGAGCCAACGGGACUAAAGGUCCAAAGCAGGGUGAGAACAAGCCGAACAAACCCCCAGGUCAGGACGAACAACCAGGCCAGAACAAACCCCCAAGUCAGAACCCGCCUCCAGGCCAGAACCCGCCUCCAGGUCAGAACCCGCCUCCAGAACAACCAGCUCCAAGCCCACCUGCAAAUCCAGGCGAUGAGCCAAAUCCAGAUGGUCAACCAUAUCCAGGUGAUCAACCAAACCCGGGCGAUUCAGGCCCGUCGUGGUGGAUGCCAUCCGGCGGCCUCCAACCGCCAGCGUGGUGGAACAGACGACCUUCAUUUGGGGGCUGGAAUCGGCCAAUGUGGUGGAACAGGCCUCUCUCUGUGUGGAAACUGUGA